GGAAGAAGCAGAACUCUGCCGGUCUCGAGAAAAAGAAAAAUGGCGGAACACUUGGCUUCAAUUUUCGGAACGGAGAAGGAUAGGGUUAACUGCCCCUUCUACUUCAAGAUUGGAGCCUGCCGACAUGGAGAUCGCUGCUCCCGGCUUCACACUAAGCCCAGCAUCAGCCCUACACUUCUUCUCUCUAACAUGUAUCAGAGACCUGAUAUGAUCACCCCCGGCGUUGACCCUCAGGGCCAAUCCCUUGAUCCUCGCAAGGUCCAAGACCACUUCGAGGACUUUUACGAAGAUCUGUUCGAGGAGCUGAGCAAAUACGGAGAUCUUGAAAGCUUAAAUAUUUGUGAUAAUUUGGCUGACCAUAUGGUGGGCAAUGUUUAUGUUCAGUUUAGAGAAGAAGAACAAGCUGCUAAUGCGCUUCAUAAUCUUAAUGGACGUUUCUAUGCAGGGCGACCCAUAAUUGUUGACUUCUCUCCGGUGACGGAUUUCCGAGAAGCUACUUGUAGGCAAUAUGAGGAAAAUGUAUGUAAUCGUGGUGGCUAUUGUAACUUUAUGCAUCUGAAAAAGAUUAGCAGAGAGUUGAGAAGGCAUUUAUUUGGGAGGAACAGGCGCAGGCAUAGUAGAAGCCGAAGUCAAAGCCAAAGCCCCCAUAGACAUCAUGGAUAUGAUGAGCGUCCACAUGGUGGUCGUGAACGUGGAUCUAGUAGAAGAGAUGGAGACAAGGACCCUCGGUACCAUGAUAGAAGCAGGAGGCCUAGAAGCCGUAGCCCUAGGCAUAGAGGGGGACGGAGUAGGAGCCCCGGAGGGAGGAGGAAUAGAAGUCCUGGUAGGGAAAGUAGCAUUGAGAGAAGGGCUAAGAUCGAACAGUGGAACAGGGACAGGGAAAAGGCAGACAAUGGGAGUGGUCAUCAGGAUGAUGGUGGAAGCAAUGACCUUGUACAAAAUGAAGAUGAAUUCGAUCCUUCUAAGCAGUACUAGAGAACAUGAUGGAUGCUGUUGCUUGCCUGAAAGAGACAUUACUGGUGGAGGACAGGUUCCCUGUCACGUGUUAUUGAAUGUGAAUUUUCCAGUUUUGUUAACCUCGUCUCCGUCGCCUUAGAAACGAAUAAAUAGGAUAGAAAUACUUGUUAGUGAGUAAUGUCGAGGAAAAUUCUACUAUAUUUCAAACCAUCGUUAAAUUGAUCACAGCUACCCCUAUCCAUCGUUCUUUUUGUCGUUCCUUCGCUAUAAACUCUACCCACGUACACCUUAGUCGCAAGUCCUUCAUGUUUAUGGGAAUCAAGGGAUCAAACAAAACCUGAUAUCAUAAGUAGAAUGUGUGCUUGUAGUGCUUAGCCUGCAUAGGUCUUGAGAAAAGACUAAAGAGGAAGGACAAAAUUUUAGGAUCAGUCAUGUUUGCUGAUGAUUACCACUUUCUUAUGAAAUAAUGGUUAAUACAUAUUCUGUCCCUCAAAAUUUGACCUGUGAUGUGCUGUUCCCAACUAGUAUUUUACAUAAACUUUCAACUUGUAGAUAUAUUCAUCAUACUUAAAGCCGAAGUAGAGAUCGUCAUCGGUCUUUGAAUGUUAUUGACCCCCGUUCUGUAUAUUGAUUUUUUAAAAUCGUUCUUACAUACGCUGCGAGUUUUGCAGGUUCAGGAUUUCCUGCUUGCCCAAAUACUUCUUAGGCAGCUUACCAUGGUAUUCAUAAUACAGGUUUGGCUGUUAUCUCUGGAGGAUUUGCAGGAUCCGGUGAGAUGUUUGGUUGGAAACAUGAAGAAGGAAGCUUCUUCUUUAAUCUUCUGUAGUGCUGAAAAAUGAUCACUAAUCCAUAAUCAACAAACAAGUAAGUUCAAGGUUUUGUGUAGUGGUGCUUUCUUGCUUUGAAUUCUGUUGUAUUUCGGAUAUUGUAUUGACGUUUUCAGAAAUGAAUAAUAAUUCUAUGGAGAUGUCAUUUUUGA